AUGGCGGCAAAGACUCAGGCGUUGAUGAGGUUGUUGGGGACCUCAUUUGCCGUUCCCGUUGUCUUCAUCGAUGGCAAGCUCGCUGGCGCAAUGGACAAAGUCAUGGCCUCUCAUAUCAACGGCACCACUUACCGCGAGGGAUGCAAGCCGGUCGAAUAUAUGGACGUGAUGGGUGGAUCCACAUUAGCUAGCCCAAGCUCGUCUUUCCUCCCAAGUAAUUAUGCUUCCUACAAUCCAAGCCAGGCUCUUACUCCUUCCCUAGCCCAACAUCAUCUUCCUAUGGAUCUCCUGAACGCUAAUGGCAGAUCCCUUAUCCCAUGGCUCAAAAAUCUCUCAUAUGCAUCCUUUUCAGCCUCCUCAUCCAAACUACCAAACCUCUACAUCCAUGGUGGCUCUAUCAGUGCUUCUGUUACCCCUCCAUUUAGCUCCCCAAUUGCCAAGACACCGAGAAUUAGAAUUGACUGGGAUGACCAGUGUGCUCCGCCAGGUUGGGCUAGGUAG